CGUUCCUGACAAACUCACCUUGGGACAGUCGGAGAGGGAACCCAGGCGAGGAGAGAAAGGCUGAGUGAGCUUGCGGCCACGGGCUGUCACUACGGAGGGGUCUGCCAAGCCCCGGGUUGGGGACACUGCUCCCGAGUCGUGCACGUCCCUCAAGACUUUCUCAGUGCCUGGAAUCUGAGAAAAAUGGCAAAUGUGGAUAGUGAUUCUAGGCAUCUUAUCCCUGAGAUAGAAGAUGAAGUAAAUCCUGGACCUAUGAAUAUCCAGUUUGAUUCAUCAGAUCUAAGAUCUAAAAGGCCUUUCUAUAUAGAGCCUACACACAUCGUCAAUGUGAAUGAUGCCAUUCAGAGAGUUAGUGACCAUGCCUCUGCUUUGAACAAGAGGAUUCAUUACUACAGCCGGCUCACCACUCCUGCAGACAAGGCACUGAUCGCUCCAGACCACGUGGUCCCUGCUCCAGAGGAGUGCUAUGUGUACAGCCCAUUGGGCUCUGCCUAUAAGCUUCAGAGUUACACUGAAGGCCACGGUAAAAACACCAGCUUAGUAACUAUUUUUAUGAUUUGGAAUACCAUGAUGGGAACAUCUAUACUAAGUAUUCCCUGGGGCAUAAAACAGGCUGGAUUUACUACUGGGAUGUGUGUCAUCAUGCUGAUGGGCCUCUUAACACUUUAUUGCUGCUACAGAGUGGUGAAAUCACGGAGUAUGAUAAGUACAUCAGACACAACCACCUGGGAAUAUCCAGAUGUCUGCAGACAUUAUUUUGGCUCCUUUGGGGAAUGGUCAAGUCUCCUUUUCUCCUUGGUGUCUCUCAUUGGAGCAAUGAUAGUUUAUUGGGUGCUUAUGUCUAAUUUUCUUUUUAAUACUGGAAAGUUUAUUUUUAAUUUUGUUCAUCACAUUAAUGACACAGAAGCUGUACUGAGAACCAAUAAUAGCAACCCUGUAAUUUGUCCAAGCACUGGGAGUGGUGGCCAUCCUGACAACAGCUCCAUGAUGUUCUACAGCAAUACCACAGAACUGCAGCAGUUUGAGAAGUGGUGGGAUAAGUCCAAGACGGUGCCCUUCUACCUCAUAGGGCUGCUCUUGCCCCUGCUCAACUUCAGAUCCCCUUCGUUUUUUUCCAAAUUUAAUAUCCUAGGCACAGUAUCUGUCCUCUAUUUGAUUUUCCUUGUUACCUGGAAAGCUAUUUGCUUAGGAUUCCAUCUGGAAUUUCACUGGUUUGUGCCAACAGAAUUUUUUGUACCAGAGAUAAGAUUUCAGUUUCCACAGCUGACUGGAGUGCUUACUCUUGCAUUCUUUAUUCACAAUUGUAUUAUUACACUCUUGAAAAACAACAAGAACCAAGAAAAUAAUGUGAGAGACCUGUGCAUUGCCUAUAUGCUGGUGACAUUGACUUAUCUCUAUAUUGGUGUCCUGGUUUUUGCCUCAUUCCCUUCACCUCCAUUAUCCAAAGAUUGUAUUGAGCAGAACUUCUUAGACAACUUCCCCAGCGGCGACACCCUGACCUUCAUUGCAAGGAUAUUCCUGCUCUUCCAGAUGAUGACUGUGUACCCACUCUUAGGCUACCUGGCUCGUGUUCAGCUCUUGAGCCAUAUCUUCGGUGACGUUUAUCCUAGCAUUUUCCAUGUGCUGAUUCUUAAUUUAAUAAUUGUGGGAGCUGGAGUGACCAUGGCCUGUUUCUACCCAAACAUAGGAGGGAUCAUAAGAUAUUCGGGAGCAGCAUGUGGCCUGGCUUUUGUGUUCAUAUACCCUUCUCUCAUCUAUAUCAUUUCCCUCAACCAAGAAGAGCGUCUGACGUGGCCUAAAUUAGUCUUUCAUGUUUUCAUCAUCAUUUUGGGCCUGGCGAACCUGAUUGCUCAGUUUUUCAUGUGAAAACUGUUUUCUCAAGAUUUCUCAUGGUAUUCUGAACCUUGGCAACAGUUCUGCAUAAAAGAACUUGAAAAUGCUGUCAUUGCUGUAAUGCUAAGUGUUUUUCUAAGAUAACUGGAAGCAAGGGAAAUGAUGGUCUGCUGAUAAGUAUUUUUGUACUGGAGUGGGGAGUAAUAAGGACAGUCUUUCUCACAGACCCUCAUUUAUAUGUAUCCAAGUAAAAAUGCAGGAGGAAUCACUCUGAUUUUCUGUUGAUAAGUACAAGGUAGGUGGGCAUGUUUUGCCUACAGCAAGGACUCUCAGGGGUCUUGGGCUGAGGCAUGUUGCCAGGCCCUGUUUCUGAUUGAGUGUACUCUCUUCCUCUCCUUACUUGCUGGACUGUUUCUACAGUUUGCCCAAACCUGUGCUGUUUCCAACAGUAAAACAUAUACCUCAUUUUAGAAGAAGUUUCCAUGGCAUCAUUAUUAAUGGAAUGAAUUCCUAACCAAAUACUAAUCUGAAGAGUAAAAAGUUAAUUAAACAGUAUCAGUCCAUCAGAAAAUAUAUGCAAAAUAAGGCCAGUGGGGUAGUUGGUACCUGUCAGUGAGCACUUAGAUGGUACAGUAAGAGGAACCCAAGUUUAAGAUCAUCCUUAGUUUCAUGGUCAGCUUGAUUGUCUAUGGUGACGUUGUUUGGAGGGGGGGGGUGUUUUUUGUUUUGUUUUGUUUUUUUAAGACAGUGUUUCUCUAAAGGCUACAGUGUAGCCUUUGCUGUCCUGAAACUCACAGUAGCACAGGCUGGCUGUAGAAAGCCGCUCUCUUCUCAAGAAAAACAGAAAAUAUGCAUCGGGUAAACUUGUGCAGAAUGUGUUGCUGUCUGGCUCUUAACUGUGAUCCAGUUUCAGUGGCUUAGACUGAGGUCACAAUUCCCAAGCCAGAUACCAACACACGAACAAAGGUGGUUGUCCUCAUAAAGCUAGGGGAUUCUUGCUUCCUGUGCCCUUGAGAAUCGCAUGGACUGUCCUGAAGCUCCAUGGAGGAAGCACGAGCAGAGAGGCAGGUAUAUGAGGCUCUCCAGAAGGAAAAAGGAAUAGCUAGAAAGGGUGGGACUUUGCCCAGCGUAUUGAGUCAUCCUAGUUCAGGUGUGACCUCCAGGAGCCGACACCACUACUGCUCCUGUAACAGGAAGGGAAGAAAGACUUCGGACAAGAAGAUUGAGAAACCCAGAUUCUUAGAGUUAACACUCUUUUUAACACAUUUUCUUCUCGACUACGAGCUAAACCAGAAUCCAGGUGUCUGUCUCCAUGUAACAGUCUGUGUUCUGCCCACAACUACAAACAUAGAUUUCUCUAAUUUUGGCUAAAUUGUUUAAAAUGUAUCAUGAUUCCGCUUUUUAGGACACCAUACAGAUUUUCGUCUUGUCCUUCCAAAACAAACAAACGAACAAAACAGGUGAAAUGGUUUUUAUAAACCCCGUAAGCAGCCCUAGUUUUAAGACCAGGUUUAAUUUCUUUCAGCUUAGCUUUAAUCCUAUUAGAGCACGGCUCUAUGUUUAUAAGGAGCUGUAACUCCUAACACUUUUUAAAGUCUCAUGAAGACUGCCAAGCACAUACACAAACUGAAUAAUAUGAGAAACUGUUGCACACCCAUCCCGGGGUGUGAUAAUCAUAGGCUUAGCUGAAGUUGCUUUACCUGCUCCCUCCCCCUUUUUUCUUUUCUACUGACAUAUUUAAAAACCAACCUCAGACAUUAUGUCAUUUCAUUUCUACAAACCUUAAUAUUCAGCUAAUAGCCCAAACCUAGUUACAUUUAUCAUGGAGCUGGCAUUAAAAGCUCUAGCUAGCAGAAACUUCUGUGGAAGCUGGGUCGCAUGGGGAAGUGCCUUGCUGCUCGAGAAACUCUGGAAUGGUCAUGAUUGCAGUGUUCUAUCACGAGACAUUGGAGGCAGAGCUGGUGUUUUAAGACAUCUCCCCGACUUAAUCUCUGUAUGUUCUUAGAAGUUUCUUAGAAGUCUCUGAGAAUUUUAGAGACAGUUUUUACUGCUUUUAUUCCAAAGACAUUCUUGAAUGCUUUACCACAACAAAGAUGUGUUAUGCUUUAACAGUCAAAGAUGAUUGGUUAUGUCAUUCCGUAGAUAAAAGGAACGUGGCAAGGGAUGCUACCCUCUGGACAGAAAAUAAUAUGAAUUUAUACUUCUGUUGUCUUAAGGAGACUCAACAGUUUAGACCUCCUAAUGUCCUGUUAAACAAGCCAAAUGGCUUUAUCUCCUUAAGUUUCUUUCCAUGAGAUUCCUUUGCCUGUUCCUUGGCUUAGAGAACCCUGCAUAUGACUGCGUGUCCUGGCUCAGAAUGAGGACAGGAUAGGGACCCACACGCAGUAAAUCUCACACUUUCUUCUUUGAAUUUUCUGAUUAAACUGCUUUCACUUCUUUGCUCUGAUGUGGCUAGCUUCUUUAACACACAGCUGAGGACACUAAGACUUAAAAUGAGUUGUCUAGAGAGGUCUUCCUUAGAAAUCCUGUGGAUGAAUUUGGGCUGUGCUCAUAUUAAGCCAGAAAGGGAAAAAAAUAGAGUUACGUUUUAUACCUGUGGGCAGUUGUGCAAAGUCAUUGCCAUCAGCACACUCCAAAACUGUGUUUGGAAUAAGGACUAAAAGUACCCAUUGGAAGAGACUUGUUUUAAAGGGAAGUGCUUCCUGUACAUUAAAUGUGUCUUAGAAAUGCUGUGUGGUGACUGAGCAGCAGUGGGCUUGUUUUCUGCUUCCACUUGAAACUUAGCAAGAAAAUGUUUGAUGUGUGUUUUUAAUUAUCGUUCCCUUAAUUAUUCU